CAUUUUUAUAAUCAUACCACUUUUCUUGGAUCCCCUUUCCCUCUCGGUCUCUCAGUCUCACACUCUCUCUCUCUCUGCGCUUGAUUUCCAAGACAAUUUCCAGUCUUUCCUUCUUGAUUUCCCACUUUCACUUCCCUACGCUCCUCAGUAUCGAUCUUCAAUGGCAUUGAAAUCCAGAGAGGUCUCGGCGAUGAUAAGGCAGGGCUUCAUCUCUGACCAAACGCUGUCGUUUUCGCCCUCAAGAACAACCACAACGGCUACUAGGGUUUACUCUCCGGCCUUGUCUCCCACCUCCAACACGCUCUUGUCCCCUCCGGCGUCGCCGUUAUCCUCCUCGCCGGCGCCUGCUCAGCCCCCGGCUCGGCCCGCUCACUCUCAGACGCUCUACGAGAUGAUGUCCGACGAGCAAAACCGCGAGUCCAGGCUCUCCGACGAGAAGCGCCGGAAGCUCCACGACCGCGUUGCGAGGCUCCUAGACGAAGCACCGUUCCGGAACGCCGCCGGCGACGUGAGGCUGGCAGUGGUCGGCAGGGACGGGUUUCGCGUGUCGAUGGACGUGCACAAGAGCGUGCUCGCUGAGAAGAGCCGGUUCUUCGCUGAGAAGCUGAGGCGGGAUCGUGGGGUGUCCCACUCGGUGGAGAUCAGUGACUGUGACGACGUGGACGUAUACGUGGAGGCCGUGCUGUUGAUGUACUGCGAGGACUUGAAGAGAAGGUUGACGGGCGAGGACGUUUCCAAGGUUUUGGGAUUGCUCAAGGUAUCUGCAGCUAUCAUGUUUGAUGCUGGGAUUAUGUCAUGCUUGGAGUAUUUGGAAGCUGUACCAUGGUCUGAGGAUGAAGAAGAAAAGGUUAUAUCUCAUAUCAAUCAACUUCAGCUUCAUGACUCCGACACUGAAGUUCUGCUGAGAGUAUCAUCUGAACCAUCUACUUCUACAAGAUCAGAUGACAUCUUCUUGAGAUUGCUGAAUGGUGUUCUACAAGCAAAAGAUGAUAAAGCUCGUCGAGAAAUGAAAUCUUUGAUUUCUCGGUUACUUAGAGAAGAUGCAACCAAUGAUAGUAACAGGCUUGAUGUCUCUAAGGAUGUCCUUUAUCAUCUUUGCCAUAGAUGUCUUAGUUCUCUUAUUCUAUGCUUAUCUGAAGCUACGUGCGUGGAUGAGAGGCGAGAUCGAGGGGUUUUAAUGGGUGAAAUAGCUCGAGAGGCUGACAAUAUUCAGUGGAUUGUGGAUAUUCUAGUUGACAAAAAAAUGGGUGACGAAUUUGUGAAAUUAUGGGCAGAUCAGAAGGACCUUGCAAGCCUCCAUUCAAAAAUUCCCACCAUGUAUAGGCAUGAAAUCAGCAGAAUCACUGCACAACUGUGUAUUGCUAUUGGGAGAGGGCAUAUAUUGGUGCCAAAAGAAACCCGGUUUUCGUUGCUGUCCACAUGGCUGGAACCUCUUUACGAAGACUUUGGAUGGAUGAGAAGGGCUUCUAGAUCAGUUGAUAAGAAGCUGGUUGAGGACGGAUUGAGCCAAACAAUUCUUACUCUGCCAUUGCCACAGCAACAGGCUAUCUUGCUUAAUUGGUUUGAUCGAUUCCUUAACAAAGGAUAUGACUGCCCCAACAUUCAGAGGGCUUUUGAGGUUUGGUGGAGAAGAGCCUUCGUCAGACAACAUGCAACUGGGCAGGAUACUUCCCAGUUGCAAAUAACUGUAUGUGAUUAUCCAAAUUGAAAGGUAUGUUACCCUUACCCAGCUCAAAAAAGUGUCUACUCGACAACAUGUGUACAUAAGAAAUGACAUGUUUUUUUUUUCUUCA